GAGAUGGAGGCCUCCGCGGGGCCUUCGCUGGAACAAGUGGCCUCAGAAGCGCCGGCGGAGCUGCCUCCCUCGGUGCGGGCGAGCAUUGAGCGGAAGCGGCAGCGGGCGCUGAUGUUGCGCCAGGCCCGGCUGGCGGCCCGGCCCUACCCGGUGACGGAGGCUGCGGCGACUGGAGGCAUGGUGAAUGUAAAAGCAACCAAGGUAAUUGACACAGGAGGAGGCUUCAUUUUGGAAGAGGAAGAAGAAGAGGAACAUAAAAUUGGAAUGGUUGUUCAUCAACCAGGGCCUGUUAUGGAAUUUGAUUAUACAAUAUGUGAAGAAUGUGGGAAAGAGUUUAUGGAUUCUUAUCUCAUGAACCACUUCGAUUUGGCAACCUGUGAUAACUGCAGAGAUGCCGACGGUAAACACCAGCUAAUAACCAAAACAGAAGCAAAACAAGAAUACCUGCUGAAAGACUGUGACUUAGAAAAGAGAGAACCCGCUCUUAAAUGUAUUGUGAAGAAGAAUCCUCAUCAUGCACAGUGGGGUGAUAUGAAGCUUUACCUAAAAUUACAGAUCGUGAAGCGGGCUCUUGAAGUGUGGGGUAAUCAGGAAGCAUUAGAAGCAGCGAAGGAAGCGCGACAGGAAAACCGGGAGAAAAUGAAGCAGAAGAAGUUUGAUAGGAAAGUGAAAGAGCUGCGGCGAGCGGUGAGGAGCAGCGUGUGGAAGAGGACGAUAGCCGCCCAUCAGCACGAGUAUGGCCCAGAAGAGCUCCUAGAGGACGACACAUACCGCAAGACCUGCACCGUGUGCGGCCAGGAACUGACGUACGAGAAAAUGUGA